UGUGGUGAUUUGCAGAUGGUGUAUACUGAUUUGGGGUACGAUUAUGUUAUUGCAUUUUAUCCUUGUGAUACUUCCUCCCAAUACCAGUGUAUAUUAAAAGCAAGUAUAUUUUCAUUUUUUUUGCAGUGGGAUACUGCUGGGCAGGAACGUUUCAGAACUAUAACCAGUAGCUAUUACCGUGGUGCACAUGGAAUUAUAAUAGUAUAUGAUGUAACUGACCAAGAAAGCUUCAACAACGUGAAACAAUGGUUAAAUGAGAUUGACCGAUAUGCAAGUGAGAAUGUGAACAAGCUCCUUGUUGGAAACAAGUGCGAUCUUGCUGAUAACAGGGCUGUGCCUUAUGAAACAGCAAAGGCAUUCGCCGAUGAAAUUGGCAUCCCCUUUAUGGAGACUAGUGCCAAAAAUGCAACAAACGUUGAACAGGCUUUCAUGGCUAUGUCUGCUGACAUCAAGAAUAGGAUGGCAAGUCAGCCUGCAUCAAACAGUGCUAGGCCACCAACUGUGCAGAUUCGUGGACAACCUGUUGCCCAGAAGAGUGGAUGCUGCUCGUCUUAGUGGGACUGCUGUUAAUACUUGGUGGGGGUUGGCAGUCAGCUGGGCAAGUCUGACGUUUGUGCAGCCUUAUAAGUGUUACACCUUAAUAUUAGUUCUCUAUUCUUUCAAAUAUAUUUGAUUUGCUAAAGUGGCUGUACAAAUUAUGAAGGACUGGGUUACUCUUAAUAGCUUUCGUUUGUUAUAUUGUUUUUACUUUCAAGUAGUUCAGUCCACAGAUAGCAGUGUCCUAAUGUUUGCAAACAUGUGGUCAAGUCUGACUCAUUUGGAAUAGAAUUCUGUAUUAUGUGAUU